UCGCCUUGCUGCGGAGCGGCGUGCGCACCAGCUCGCAAUCACACGCCACAACUAGGAAGAGCCGCGGGGACGAGUGACGGGUGCGUCACCCAAUCAGAACCCGAGGAGCUGCCUUUAGAGCCCGCCCACGCGGGGAACGGACCAAUUGGGCUGGAGGUGGGGAGCAUCCGGUGCAGGACUGCGGGACUCCGGGACUCGUUUGAGUGAAGGAGAUUUUUAAAGGAUUUUACGCCUAAAAAGCUUCAAAAGCACCGAACUCGACACGGUACCGGCUGCGCUGGAGUCUUAACGGGCGGUCUUGGGGGUUUAGUAGACACUGGGAGCCGUAUAUAUGCGAGUUUUGGGGGGGUUUGUCUCGCUGCGCUUGCCUGUGUUGUUUGUGUUGACCAGCUAAGCAAACUAACACUAGUUUAGCUACAGAGGCUCCGGGGGUCCAGCCCAGUCCAGUCCAGCCCAGCACAGCACAGCCCAGCACGGUUCCGCGCUUUCCCCGGCUUGUCUGAGCCCAGGCCAGGCCGGUAUGAACGGCUUCAGCACGGAGGAGGACAGCCACGACGGGCCGCCGGCUCCGGGGCCUCUGUUCGGGCAGAGCUGCUGCCUGAUCGCGGACGGAGAGCGCUGCGGCCGGCCUGCGGGCAACGCCAGCUUCAGCAAGAGGAUCCAGAAGAGCAUAUCUCAGAAAAAACUCAAACUGGACAUCGACAAGAGCGUCAGACAUCUGUACAUCUGUGACUUCCACAAAAACUUCAUCCAGAGCGUCCGCAACAAACGGAAGAGGAAAACGAGUGAUGACGGAGGAGAGUCUCCAGACCAUGAUGUCGAGGUCCCAGAGGUGGAUCUGUUCCAGCUGCAGGUGAACACACUGAGGCGCUAUAAACGGCACUACAAGAUCCAGACCAGACCGGGCCUGAACAAAGCCCAGCUGGCAGAGACCGUGAGCCGUCACUUCCGGAACAUCCCGGUGAACGAGAAGGAAACUCUGACGUAUUUUAUUUAUAUGGUGAAGAGCAGCAAGAGCCGACUGGACCAGAAAUCGGAGGGAAGCAAACAGCUGGAAUAAAGUCCCUCCUCCUCGGUAGCGCCCCCUAGUGGCCAUGCUGUCUUUUCUAGUGACUGCUCAGACACUCGCAGGGUAAAGAGUUUAAUGUGAAUAUACUCGUAUACAUUAACACAAGCAAGAGUAACGAACACCCGUCACAUGUGUGGGAGAGCGUUUAUCUGCCGCGAAGCGCUUUGGGAAUGAUUUCACGUUUCAAAGUGACUGUUUAAUAAGUUCAGCUUCUGUGCCAAAACCGUAAAUUAUGAAGAAAAUUAUCAGCGAAUUGAUUCCACAAAGCUGCGGUUGGUGGAUAUUUUUCUCCAAUAUAGUUUCUAUCCAGCGUGGGUCGGUAAGAAGUGCAUGUUAUGACCGUAAUGACGUACGUCAGCCGCGCCCAGCUGUGCUGCGGUCAGGCCGAACGCUCCAGUAACGCACUGACCAUCAUAAAAACGCCCAGGCAUCUGCUUCACACCGAGCCAUUAGCCGGUCUCGGUAGAUUUUGUUAGCAGCACCUCGCUUAGACUUAGAUUUCUCCCUCUUGUUUAUCAUUUCCUGUCCUGUAUUCAUGCUCAUUUUUCUUCGUGAUUUAAGUCGUUUAAGUUGUAAACUGCUGAGUUUUUGUCCGAAAGGUUUAUAUUGUGUGUUUUUAGUCUUUUCAUUUCAUACUAAAACACCUUUCCUGCA